ACAUUUCAACAAACUUGUCUUCAAUGAGCACAAUAUUCCAACAUUCAUACAGUUAAUCUAUAAUUAAAAAUUAAGAGACAAAUUGCAAAUGCUCGUCCGAAGUCAUCUGAAUUUCACAGAGAAAAAUCGAAGCCCGCCCCGCCAAGCCAGCCCCAGCCAGUCUGGUUGAACAAGAUCGCCAUUUUCAUUUUCAUUUUCUGAGAAUCCAUUUUCUUUCCAUCCAAACAAACAGCCCCAACAAACCCAAUUCCAUUUUCUCGGUUUCUGGGUCUUCAGAGCCAAUUUCAGUGGAGAUUUUCGAGUCCCCCCAAUUUGUUUUCCGAUCGUAGAGCGAUGAAUUUACGAUCAAGGCGAGUGGGUGCGGCAUAGAAAAGUUGCGGAGGAAAAUGGAAGAGCUGCCGGGGGCAUUGGGCACAAGCGCAAGCUUGGCCCUCCGUCUAGGUCAGACGGUCUUCGCCACAGCUUCCCUCUUCUUCAUGUGUCUGGAAAUCGAGUUCUAUAGCUACACGGCUUUCUGCUAUCUGGUGACAGUCAUGGGUUUGAUGGUUCCAUGGAGUCUGACAUUGGCAGUAGUAGAUGGAUAUUCUGUUUUUGUUAGGCAUUUACCUCCUCAAACAAGAGUAACGUCGAUCAUCGUCACCGGAGAUUGGGUUCUAUCUUUUCUCUCCUUGGGCGCUGCAUGCUCGACAGCCAGUGUCGCGGAUAUCUUGCUCCGAGCCGGGAUUUCGUAUUGUUCAGCAAAGCUUUGCAGUAGAUAUCGGCUUUCUGCAGCGAUGGCGUUCCUUUCUUGGUUUCUUUCACUGGUUUCCUCCCUCUUCAAUCUAUGGCUUCUUCCUUCUUUGUAACGUUUAUCUUGUUAAUGUCAUUUUUGGAGAACUGUAUAUGCAAAUUACUGUGAAAUAUCAAUCUUUGUUUAUAGCACCUCAUUUUGUUUAAGGAUAUUGUUGCAUAAAUUUGUCCAAUUCUUGAGGAUUGGAUAGGAUAAUUGUAAAGAAAAAAAUUGCUUCAAUAAUCAAAAGUGUUUUUGCUUGUAU